AGUCGCUAGCUGUGUAGUUAAAAGGGCAAAACGUUCAACUUGCCCCGCAGAAGAAGUGUGCAAUGGCUCCAUCUACAUCUUCAAUGUCUGCAGCUGCUCGAUCAGGUGCAGCCGAGGAGCCGUUGAUCAUUGUCGGUGGCGGACUAGCUGGGCUGACAGCUGCAUACGAGAUCACAAAAGCGGGACAGCGAUGUGUCAUACUCGAUCAGGAAAAUGAGAAGAAUCUCGGCGGACAAGCCUUCUGGUCUCUUGGUGGCAUUUUCCUUGUUGGGACUCGUGAGUCUACACAUCAUCCCUAUGACAAGAUGACUUGUGAUAGAACUAAUCUCUGUUUGGUAACUGUGCAGAACAGCAAUAUUGGAUGGGUGUCAAGGACAACGUCGAACUGGCUCGACGUGAUUGGAUGAACAGUGCACAGUUCGACCGGUUACAAGAUCAAGAUUUCUGGGCGAAGCGGUGGGCAGAUGCCUAUGUUGAAUUUGCUCACAAAGGAAUGCAAGACUACUUGCAUAGUUUAGGAUGGUCAUGCUUGCCGACAGUGGGCUGGGCUGAGCGAGGAGCCAUCAGUUCAAGCGGACAUGGGAAUUCCGUCCCUCGCUUUCAUGUCACUUGGGGUACUGGCCCCCGGAUUGUGGAGCUGUUUGAAAUUCCGGUCAAGGAGGCUGCGAAGAAGGGAUUAGUCGAAUUCAAAUUCCGGCAUCGCGUUGAUGAGAUUCUUAAGGAUGAUACAGGACGCGCGAUUGGAGUGAAAGGCACUGUGCUCCAGGAAGACAAUAGCGAUCGUGGCGUAGCAUCCAACCGUGAACCAGUCGGUACAUUCGAGCUCCGCGGACGCGCUAUUCUCAUCUCCACAGGAGGUAUUGGUGGUAAUCCGGCGCUCGUAAAGGAAAAUUGGCCUGCGUCCCGUCUUGGUGGCUAUGUACCCGAGUUCUUCGUGAACGGGGUACCCGCUCAUGUUGACGGCCGGAUGCUUAAAGUUGCAGAGAGCGCUGGAGCUUGUCUCGUGAACAAGGACCGCGGUUGGCAUUACACGGAAGGAAUGAUCAAUUGGGACCCGAUCUGGCCAAGUCAUGGUAUACGCAUCAUCCCGGGCCCAUCGCCAAUCUGGCUCAAUGCAAGAGGUGAGCGUAUGGCGCCACCUGCUAUCCCAGGUUGUGAUACGCUUGCGACGUUGAAGCAGAUUUUGAGCACGGGAUGCGAUUAUAGCUGGUUUGUGUUGAAUGAGACGAUCAUGAUGAAAGAAUUCAUGUUAUCAGGUUCCGAGCAGAACCCAGACUUGACGAGCAAGUCUCUUUGGGGGGUUUUGAAGCGCACCUUGAGUGGUCAAGAGCCCGUUCGCAAAUUCAAAGAGCAUGGGGUAGACUUCGUCGUUGCGGAGUCGGUUGGAGAGCUUGUUGCCGGAAUGAAUAAGCUGCGGCGUGGCAAUGCUCCCGAGCUUGAUCCUGAGUCCGUGGAAGCGAUAAUUAAGGACAGGGAUGACCAGAUAGACAACCCGUUUACGAAAGACGCGCAGAUCAUGGUUAUCCAGAACGCUCUCAAAUUUCGGGGAGACCGAAUAUCACGAUGUGCUCCACUGCAUAAAAUCCUUGAUCCAAAACAUCGGCCCUUGAUCGCAGUUCGGAUGAACAUUCUAACAAGGAAAACACUUGGGGGGAUACAGACGAAUCUGGAGAGCCAAGUGAUGCGGCCUGAUGGAAGUGUCUUUCCCGGUUUAUAUUCUGCGGGUGAAGUUGCUGGAUUUGGUGGCGGAGGAUUGCAUGGCUACAACGCUCUAGAGGGAACGUUCUUGACAGGAUGUAUAUUCAGUGGGCGUGCUGCAGGCAUCGCAAUGGCCAAGGAUGGAGUCCCACGAAAGGAGAGAAGUGUUCUGUAGUAUUUUGUGUAAAUAUCAGCGUCUGAAUCGGAUUUUGAACGUACGAAGAAAGUACAUUCCCA